GCCUGUGGCGCCAAAGGCAUCCCAGUCGUUCAUUCUUCAACACUCGACUGUCGUCCACCCACCGCACCUCAAAAGGCAGCUGGGGAGGGGGGGCACUGAUCCUCACCUUAUGGACGUGUGGAUGCCUGGACACAGCAGCGGUGGAUCCGACACGAUGAGGACCAUCCUGGUCUGUGUUCUGCUUCUCUUUCUGGCAUGUGGGGGAGUUUGCACAGGCUCAGACGACAAAUGGAAAAGCACAGAGGGACAGCUACUUACCAGCCUGGUCACUUUGAAGGUGAGCAAACUGGGUGCCCCCUACUGGAGGACGAUAUUACUUAAUGUUUGCGGGCUUUUGAGCCGCUUGGGUCAGGAUGCGUGGUUAAGCGCAGAGGAAGAGCUCGCCACCAGGGGGCGCCCAAACGCCACCAAAACACUGAAACUUCUGCAAAGCCUGCAGACGCUUUGUGUUUCAGUGCAGCCCUGGAAGCGGGUAGAAAACAGAGACGUCGUACCUAGGAGGAGGUGGCCUUACAUCCUGAAAAGGCAGCUUGGAAGCAGUGGCCGGAGGAGACCGUACAUCUUAAAGCGCAUCGCGGGGGACUGACGCACAAUGUGAGGCGCUCCUCCCCCAACGCCGUGCCGUCUCUUCGCCGCUCAGUGUCCAUAAACCUGCUUUCAUGUGCUAUCUUUCCAGUUUUC